AUGACUCAUCCUGCUGUAGUGAUAGGAGGCGGUGCUGAUGUUAUCGUAGCUAUAACUGGAGGGGUUUAUGCUUACUUUGACGACCGCCAUCAUUGCAAAUUUUUCAGGAAUUCUCCAGUUGAUGAUUGUGCCGACUCACCAUGUGCUCUGAAUGCCACUUGUGUUGAUCUCGUGAACGACUAUGAAUGCCAAUGUCCUAAAGGUUUUAAAGGAAAGCGUUGUAACGUCAAAGAGGAUCUGUGUUCCGCCGCACCGUGCGUGCACGGUCUAUGCGUGGAUACCCUCUUUUCUCGUCGUUGCAUAUGUGAUGAAGGGUGGACCGGUGAGAGUUGUGAAGUGAACGUCGAUGACUGUGCAACUCGACCAUGCCGGAAUGGUGGAACAUGCACCGAUGAGGUAGCCGGAUUCUCAUGUUCAUGUCCAGCCGGAUAUCGUGGGGUUCAUUGCCAACACUUGGUGGAUCACUGUUCGACAUCACCUUGUAGAAAUAACGCUACUUGUACAAAUCUGGGUGUCACCUAUCACUGCUCAUGCCCGCUCGGAUUUGAGGGAACCCACUGUGAACUCAACAAAGAUGAAUGUCUCCUUGGACGAUGCAGCAAGAUGGGAACUGAGUCCUGCGAAGAUGGCAUCAAUACGUUUAGCUGCUUAUGCAAACCGGGUUAUAGCGGUGAAUUCUGUGAAGUACGAAUUGAUCAGUGUGAAUCGUCGCCUUGUAUGAAUAAUGGAACCUGCUACGACGAAGGUGGCUCCUUCAGAUGUGAAUGCGCCAACGGAUGGACGGGAGAAACCUGUGAGCAAGAAACUGGUAGCUGUGAUGUGCGACCAUGUCGUAACGAUGGACGUUGUGUGAACUUGGUCGCAGAUUAUUUCUGCGUGUGUCCUGAAGGCGUUAGCGGCAAAGACUGCGAAAUCGCACCAAAUCGGUGUUUGGGCGAGCCAUGCCUUAACGGUGGAGUAUGUGGCGAUUUCGGAUCACGACAAGAAUGUAGUUGUCCAAAGAAGUUCUCCGGAGCAGGCUGUCAAUACCUCCAAGAUGUCUGUGCUGGCAAUGUCUGUCAGAAUGGUGGUACCUGUAUGAAGAACCCUGAUGGUAGUUUGCACUGUGCUUGUGAGCCAGGCUUUACCGGUGCUCACUGCGAGACGAACAUAGACGAUUGUGCACGAUCACCGUGUCCUUUGGGUUCUACCUGUAUCGAUCAGAUCAACGCGGUGUACUGUAGAUGUCCAUUUAAUAUGACGGGAUCGAAUUGCGACAAGGCCAUUGAUGAAGAUUAUGAUUUGCACUUCUACGAUUCAUUACGUGUAGCAAGUGCAUCGCUUGCGGUACCGUUCCGUAUCGCUGCGAAAGCUAUUACGAUAUCAGCGUGGGUGAAAUUCGAGAGAACACAGGGCAGAGGAACUGUGCUCAGGAUGUACAACAGCAAACAAGCGAACUACAGUUCUGAUCUCACUGAAGCACUGCGAAUUGAUUCAGAAGGCGUUAAUAUAGCACUAUUCCCGAAUGAAAGAUCACUUCAGCUCCACUUCCCAUCCAACCAGAGGAUCAAUGACGGAGCAUGGAAUCAUUUGGCGCUCACCUGGUCAUCAGAACGUGGUGCUUAUUCCCUUAUUUGGAACUCGGUUCGAAUAUUCGCUGAGUCAGGUUACGGUGCUGGUCACGAUGUUGAUAUCAAUGCUCUUAUCACUCUCGGUGGUUCUGAAAUAGGCACCAACUCCUUCGUUGGUUCAAUAACUCGUGUGCAUGUGUGGAAUCGUGUUUUGGACUUUGACAGUGAGAUUCCGAUGAUGGUGGUCAGCUGUCACGGCGCUGAGUUAGCAUACGAUGGGCUAGUUUUGCGUUUCACCGGUUAUACGGACAUGCAAGGAAAAGUGGAACGAUUACCGCGAAGCACGUGUGGACGUGAAAAGCGCAAGCCACGAGAAGAAGCAGUUGUUCGGGUAGAGAGCUGUCCAUCGGAUCAGUACAUUGUAACGCCACAACGAGAAGUAAAUAUCACAUGGCCAGAACCCGUAUUUCACAGUGAUAGCCCUUUGGAGAGAGUUGAGAGGAACUUUAAACAGGGACAGAUCUUUACAUGGGGUGAAUAUGACGUUCUUUAUGUGGCAUGGGAUAAUGCAUCCAACACAGCAGAGUGCAAUUUCAAGAUUCACGUUUCCCGUGAGCAUUGCCCGUCUCUUGAAGAACCAGUGAAUGGUGUUCAAGCCUGCGAGUCCUGGGGACCACAUUUACGCUAUAAGGCUUGCUCGAUCGAAUGUCGUGAAGGUCACGAAUUCUCCAGACCGCCAGCAAUUUUCUAUACUUGUGCUGCUGAUGGCUUGUGGAGACCAAGAAACCGCAAUCAAAUGGUUUUCCGCUAUCCUCAGUGCACAAAAUCAGUCCCAGCAACUCGUGUGAUACUUUUGCGAGUAUCGUAUCCAGGAACAUCACCUUGUUCGGAAGCAAGCCGUGAUGCUCUAAGAACAAGGUUAUUGGCUAGCAUUCAGGCGAUAAAUCAGAAAUGGGGUCUCUGCACGUUGACUGAUCCGACCGGCUGCGUUGGUGCCAGAGUUGACGUCGACUGCUCGGAAGAUUUCGCUCGUGUAAAGAGACAUGCUCACUCAUUCCAAGUUCGAAUUGAGCUUCCCGUAAAAAGGGAUCUCGUAUCGCAUUCAAUAAGUGGGCAAAAAUCCAAAGUGGCCGAUGCACUCCAAAACGAGAUAAUCAAUCAGGGUGCUUUCAAUCUAGAAAAGGUUCUUCCCAAUGGCCGUCCGGACCUAACAUCAUUCCAGCUUUUAGAUGAGUUCCACUGUCAGCUAGGACAAGUCAUUGUUGAUGACUUAUGCGUACCGUGUGCUCCUGGAUCGUAUCACUCAGUCACUACCUCGCAGUGUGAAGUUUGCGCUGAAGGAGAGUACCAACCUUUCACCGGUAGAACGGAAUGUUUCAAAUGUCCAGAAGGUCAUGUUACGGCUGGAGAAGGCGCUAUUAAUGAGAAUGAGUGCAAACCGAAUUGUCCGGCAGGAAACUACUUCGACAUGGGUUCCUCGCAGUGUACGCCAUGUGGAUUUGGCUUUUUUCAACCUCGAAUGGGCUCUUUCGAAUGUAUUCCUUGCGAUGUCGGUAAAACGACGACCACCGAAAUAGGAACGAGCGAGGAGGAGUGCAGAGAUGAGUGUCCAGACGGUGAACAGCUUUCUUCGUCGGGAUCCUGUCAGCCGUGCCCGUCCGGUUCUUACCGUACAAGAGGUCAACACAAACAGUGCGUGCAGUGCCCUGCUGGGACUACCACAGAGUCCGUUGGCUCUACCCGAAGAGAAGAAUGCAACACUCCUAAAUGCAAAGCUGGGCAGUUCCUUGUCAAAGAAACGAAACACUGCCAAUUCUGCCCUAGAGGUACGUUCCAAGAUGAGGAACAACGAACAACCUGCAAACUCUGUCCAAGUGAUCAUACCACAGCAUCGCAAGGAGCUACAGCAGAGUCACAGUGCUAUUCCACCAAUCAGUGCGCUACCGGUGAGGAUAACUGCUCGUGGCACGCACACUGUAUAGACUUACCCGACGACAACGAUGUACCUUCGUUCCAAUGCAAAUGCAAGCCAGGUUAUCGUGGAAAUGGAACUUACUGUCAAGAUGCAUGUACAAACUAUUGCCUUAACGAUGGUGUAUGUAAGAAAAAUCCUGUCGGGUACGUUGAAUGUGCGUGCAAAGAGAACUUCAGCGGUGAACGGUGCGAAGUUCGCUUCCAGCCAAAAUCUCAACGUGUUGCUAUUAUCACGGCGGGAAUCGGAGGAAUUGUAGCAGUCUUGGUGGUAAUAGUGAUUGUUAUCUUCAUGAUUUCAUUCCGAUUCAACCGAUCUGUGCUUGAUGUUGCUGACAAAGUGCAAAUAGAUGACAUGCAGCAAUCAAAUUUCCUCUACGGACGGCCGCCAGCAGAACCACCACGGCCAAUCGGAUACUAUUACGAGGAUGAUGACGAAUAUGAGUCAAAGACAAUGUACGUAAGUCGAGAGGACGAUUCAAAAGAAAUCGAACAACGACGGCGAAUAGCUGAACAGCAUAUGUAUCGUCCCGGCCAUACAGAAUAA